AUGGCUGUGUCCUGGCCCAAGUUCGGGACAAACUCUGACGAAAUACCCUCAAAAUCCACAAUGGCCAUAUCUGCAAGCUCCUGUCGUGAUCUCUUAACAGAAACACCGACACCGUCUGUCUCCUCGAUCGCUUCUGGCUUGAGCACAGAAACCUCGCAAACAUCCACGGCAUCGGCCACCUGGAACACGAGCUUUGACACGUUCAGCACCAGCGCCUCCACGGUCUUGAACUGCGAGUCCGAAACGUACUGUUUCACGGCAGAAAUGACGUUAUCAAUGGAAACGUCGCCAGUCACCGUCAAAACCAGCUCCAGCACCACCGGCUGUUUGGCCAGCCGUUCCUCCUUGAACACCCCGAUAAGUGUGUCAACGGCGAUAUUUGUCACCUUAAUUGCACUUGUGGCCUCUGAUUCAAGAUCGCGCUGCAUCUCGACCCGAACCUGGCAGUUUUGUUUCUCCAUAUCAAAAGUAAGAGUAGCAUGCUUGCAAUUUGUGCUUUCGAACAAGACGUCCUUGAAAAGCCCGUCUCCGAGCUGCAAUACCGAACGGAAACUCCGAUUUAUGUUCCUGCGCUCAAAUCCACGAAUGUCGCGGCUCAGAACCGCAUAG